CCUCAUAUUCAUUUUUCUCUCUCCCAUUAGCCUUUCGUCUCCUCUCUCACUAAACAUCCAUAGCUUUCCUACGCAAGCUAUUAUCUCUUUACUCUCUCUCUUUCUCUAAAAGCUUUUCAGUUUAUACACACACGGAAGCGUUUGGUACUAAACGAUAUAAUUUAUAAAAAAUGGAGACUUUGAGUCGUUUCUUAGUGAUUAUGUCUCUGUUCUCCGGUUUGGUUUCUGGAUUUUCUCUACAAAACCUUCCAAUCACAUCGUUUGAAGAAAGUUACACGCAACUUUUCGGUGAUAAGAACUUGCUUGUUCAUAAAGACGGCAAAUCUGUCCGGUUAACACUCGAUGAAAGGACCGGUUCUGGGUUUGCCUCAAAUGAUCUUUACUUACAUGGGUUCUUCAGUGCUUCAAUCAAAUUACCUUCUGAUUAUUCAGCUGGAGUUGUUGUUGCCUUUUAUAUGUCAAAUGGAGAUAUGUAUGAGAAGAACCAUGAUGAGAUAGAUUUUGAGUUUCUUGGUAACAUAAGAGGAAAAGAUUGGAGGAUUCAGACAAACAUUUACGGAAAUGGAAGCACACAUUCGGGUAGAGAAGAGAGAUAUCAUCUCUGGUUUGAUCCAACUGAAGAUUUUCAUCAAUACGGCAUCCUCUGGUCUGAUUCUCACAUCAUAUUCUAUGUAGACAAUGUACCGAUCAGAGAAGUGAAGCGAACAGAGUCAAUGGGCGGUGACUUCCCCUCAAAGCCGAUGUCUCUCUACACUACAAUAUGGGACGGUUCUAAAUGGGCAACAAACGGUGGCAAGUACGGUGUAAAUUACAAAUAUGCCCCUUACAUAGCUCGGUUCUCCGACUUAGUCCUUCACGGCUGUGCCGUGGACCCGAUCGAGCAGUUUCCGAAGUGCGACGAAGGAGCGGCCGAGGAUAUUCGUGCGGCGCAGGAGAUCACACCGUCGCAGAGGGUUAAAAUGGGUAUUUUCAGGCGGAAACUCAUGACUUACUCUUAUUGCUAUGAUCGGACAAGGUACAAGGUUGCUUUACCGGAGUGUGUGGUUAAUCCGGCAGAGGCUCGACGGCUUAGGGUUUAUGAUCCGGUGACGUUUGGAGGGAUUCCGAGGCACCACCGCAACGGAAAGCACCGGAGCAAGAGAAGCCGGAUUGAUGGAACAGAGUCGAUAUGAUUCCUUAUAGUAUUAUAUGGUGUUGGAUUUUGGGGAGAGUGGGGGUUUAUAAUAAGUUCAUCUAUUGGUAUUUAUGAUUUAAUGCAUUUUUGUCAUUUGUUGCUUGUAUAUGAAGAAAAAAUAAAAUUAUUAAUUUUUUUAUUUGAGAGAUUUGGAGUUUUGAACACUUAUAUGAUUAUGUGUAGUUCUUGUUUUUGUGAAUAUUUUCAUUUACGUAUAUUUGCGUUGUAAUUUCACUUUU